CUCCCUCCCUCUUGUGCGGAGAGCUCGGCGGUGAGCGUUAAUCCCGGAUUGCGCUGCCCUGCCGUCUGCAUCCCGUCGUCGUUGCUGGGAGAGCAUGGCUCGGCUCCAGGACCCCUGUGCUCACCCAGGAGAGGAGUGACCGAGCCCAGAGGCGAGAGAGGGAGGAAGGAAGGGAGGAGGAGGCAGAGUUGGGACGACUGUCACAGCUGCCCGAGUGCUGCACUGCACUUGAGUUUCAGUCACACUCUGACGAGAGGAGAAGGAAGGAUGGCAGCCGGUUUGUCGCAGGUGUGAAUGUGAAUGAGGACGCCUCUGUCACAUCCUGGCUUCCUCCACGUCGUGACUCCUCUCCGCUCCGCGUUGCGUCUUCCUCGCCUCUCACACUUAAGACGGAUUAAACUUUUUCCUUUUUUUUCUUCUUCUUCCCUUCCUUUUUUUUUCUUUUCUUUUUUUUUUCCUGAUCUCUCGUCGGCACAUCCGGAGCUCUGUCCGACAUGGAGUCUCCCACCAAAGAGAUCGAGGAGUUUGAGAGCACGGCCCUGAAGUACCUCCAGCCGGAGCAGAUAGAGAAGAUCUGGCUCAGGCUCCGGGGACUGCGCAAGUACAAGAAGACGUCCCAGAGAUUACGGUGUCUGGUGAAGCAGCUGGAGAGAGGAGAGGCUUCCCUCGCCGACCUCAAGAAAAACCUCGAGUAUGCCGCGUCUGUGCUGGAAUCCGUUUACAUCGAGGAGACGAGGCGUUUGGUGGACACCGAGGAUGAGCUCAGCGACAUCCAGUCGGAGUCGGUGCCUUCGGAGGUGCGGGACUGGUUGGCCUCCACCUUCACCAGACAGAUGGGCCUGAUGCUGCGCCGCAAUGAGGAGAAGCCUCGCUUCCGGAGCAUCGUCCACGCCGUCCAGGCCGGCAUAUUUGUUGAGAGGAUGUACCGCCGUACGUCCAACAUGGUGGGACUCAGCUACCCCGCUUCUGUCAUAUCUGUGCUCAAGAAUGUUGACAAGUGGUCCUUCGACGUCUUCGCUCUGAACGAGGCCAGCGGGGAUCACGCCCUUAAAUUCAUAUUCUACGAGUUGCUCACAAGAUACGACCUCAUCAGUCGCUUCAAGAUCCCGAUCUCUGCCGUGGUGUCAUUUGUGGAGGCCUUAGAAGUUGGAUACAGCAAACACAAAAACCCCUACCACAACCUGAUGCACGCCGCCGACGUCACGCAGACCGUGCACUACCUGCUGCUCAAGACCGGCAUGGUGCACUGGUUGACCGAGCUCGAGAUCUUCGCCAUGAUCUUCGCGGCGGCGGUGCACGACUACGAGCACACGGGGACCACCAACAACUUCCACAUCCAGACGAGGUCAGACACAGCCAUCCUUUACAACGACCGCUCAGUGUUGGAGAGUCACCACGUCAGCGCCGCGUACCGCCUGCUGCAGGACGACGACGAGAUGAACAUCCUCUACAACCUCUCCAAGGACGACUGGAGAGAGCUGCGGGCCCUGGUGGUGGAGAUGGUGCUGGCCACCGACAUGUCCUGCCACUUCCAGCAGGUCAAGGCCAUGAAGAACUUCCUGCAGCAGCCUGAGGGCAUCGAUAAGCCCAAGGCGCUGUCCCUGCUGCUGCACACGGCCGACAUCAGCCAUCCGGCCAAGAGCUGGGACCUCCACCACCGCUGGACCACCUCCCUGCUGGAGGAGUUCUUCAGACAGGGCGACAAGGAAGCCGAGCUGGGCCUGCCGUUCUCUCCGCUGUGCGACAGGAAGUCCACGAUGGUGGCCCAGUCCCAGAUCGGGUUCAUAGACUUCAUCGUGGUGCCCACCUUCACCGUGCUGACCGACAUGAUGGAGCGCAUCGUCACGCCGCUCAUCGACGAGGCCUCACAUUCGGGCUUUGCCGGCUUUAGACGCUCCAGUCUGAACAGUAUUAGCUCAGAUGAAGCCAAGCGGCACAGCGUCAAGAGCAUGGGCUCUGACAGCAGCUCGUCAGGCCAGAGCUCCCUGCUGACGGUGGACAUGAAGAACUUCAAGGCGCUGUGGAACGAAGAGGUGUACCAGAACAGGGAGCGGUGGAAAGCCCAGGCCGCUAAAGAGGCGGAGGAGCGAGCUAAAAAGGAAGCGGAGGAGGGAGCGCAGCAGGAGGAGGUGAUGGAGCCCCAGGAGGUCCACACUGAACCCGACGAGCCCGACCCGAAGGAGGACGACCUGGAGGGGGAGGCGCCCGAGUCGGCAGAGGUCAGCAGAUCAGCAGAUGGUAACACAGGGGAAGCAGAGCAGGGAACGCAGCCUGGGGGCGCCACGCACAGGAAUCCCCUCCUUCACAACGGAGAGUUAUCAGAAGGGGCCGAAUCUCCAGACGGUGAAGAAAACAAGAACAAAGGAGUCGAUGAGGUCGUGAUGGAGUAGGAGAACAUCACUCUGUCCCAACUGCUGCUGCAACUCUCUCAACCUGAACCUGCUUUUACAACCUGUGUGAACGCGUCGGACCGGCGCCGGAGGGAGGGCCGUUGGUUGGACUGUGCCGCCCUCUGCAGGACACCAACAGACUGACACCUUUGCUUCCUUCUGUCUUCACUCUGAUCAGCUGUUCUUACUUUUGUUUCUACCAUGUUUCUACUUCCAGGCUCUGGCGUGCAGAGCCGUGUGCAUUACUCCUCCCUUCCUGCUCGCUGUGGGCAACACGUAAUGACCUUAAAGCGACAGCAGCGGAGGGCGAAGACGAGCCUCCGAUCGACUGCUGCUGUUCGUUAGUUGUAACUCGACCACGGUAGCGCUUGUCCUGCUUCCCCCUCUGCUGUUAGAUUCAUUAGUCUGGUGAGCUGGAAGACACGAGGUUUUUGUGUUGCAGUGGUUUAUUGUGAGUACGUAAAAGCAGGAUAGACUUUUACAGCUCGUUCGACACAUGGACACUUGUGCAGGACGCCAGGGUUAAAUUUACUACCACUGAUUUAGCACCACUUGCUCUUAUGUAGGAAAGUUUUGUGUGUCUGUGCUUCGGGAGCUCCUGAUGAGAGCGUUCGUUUCUACAACAACGUCUUUGCCGCCAGUCGUGGCUGGUUUUCCUCCCUGUUUACUUUCUCUGUGCUUUCCUCAGACACUGUGCAAUUCUAAUUGUGUUCCUUGUGGUACAUAUUGUUCUUUUUGUGUGCGUUUUUUUGUCCUCUUUACUGUAUAUAUUAAACGUUUGUACAUGUACGUAUCCGAAGAGGAGUAGAAAUCUAUCCAUGGUUUUGGAUAUAGUGUAAGAUACCUGUAGUGGAAAAAACAUGUCCAAAAAUUAGAAUGCAGCUUUUGCAUCUCAGACAUAUCACACUCGCAAAUGCAUUCACGUUUUGUAACAUAUAAUAUCUCUUUGUUUACCUGUUUUGUUUUUUAUGUCCUGUAUGAAUCAUGCACUAGAUGUGUCUAAUAUCCUCACACACUGUAUGUCUUCUUCUUGAUGCCUUCUUACGUGUAUUUGAGCUGUAGCAAAGAGUCAACACUGUCGCUGAAUUAGAGAAAAAAAAUGUACGUUUUUUAAAAUUUUUCUUUUCGCAGCAGCUUCACCUUCUAGGUUGUCGGUGUGAUGUUUAAGCAACGUGUUCACGGCGUACGCUUAUUAGCCAACCGAACCCAUCACGCUUUCUGUGAUGAGGCUACGAGUCCAAACUGUAUCUGCUUCUUGGUCGUUCGCCAGGUUUUUCAAGGCUUGUAAACGUUGUGUAUAGACGAUGCAAAUAUUGCUUACUGUGCAUAUGUAACAUACUGAGCCACCGCCAUGCCGGUUCAGCUUUUACUAUAUACUUAAUAUGUGUACACGGAAGAAAAGAAAAGAAGCAUUUCGGCAGUAUUUGCAUAACGACGGAGACGUUUUUUCCUAAAACUGUGCGCUUUGGUUUUGUUUUCCUUGUGUUCUUUGAUAUGAAAGUCACAAAAUUUAUUGUGCCAAGAUCAAAUCCUUGGUAUAUUCUAAGCUAGUAAGUCUAUCAUACACGUGUAAACUGCUAUAUAAAUAUGGAUAUUUAUAGUAUAUGAGGGAUUCUAGGAGGGUAAACACCAACAGAUCACAUAAAGUCGUAGAAAUGUUCUUUUUAAGCCAUUCUGUUUCAGCACUCCAGUUUUUUAGCUGUGAUUCAUUCACACCACGGAGGGACAUAGCAGUUCAUCAUCCAGCGUCACCACAUGCUACCUUCUACCUAAAAUGUACAGUCAGUGGUUAUUAACUCCGCCGACUGAAUGUGUGCCUCUAUCUCUACUUUCCAUUGUACGCCUCUCGCCUGUAGGAAAACCAAUUUUGUGAUGUCAUUUGAAUCUGUGCUGAUCCAGGCACAGUCAAACAAACCAGUCAAUAUCUUCCAACACCGUUUCACACUGAGUAGUCUGAGGAGACGGCGUUGGAGAGUCUCAGCAGUUCGAUGUUGCAGAAGUAUAGUAUUUUUAAUGGUAUAUUUUGCUCUCUUUCCUUUAGGAAGAUCUAUUUUCUAGCUGUUCUGUGCUGUGUAGUGUGUGUUUUCUUCGUUUCAUUGAACCGUUUGAUCCUCGUCGGUUUACUCAGAGGAAGCAUCGUCCAGAAGUUUGUCUUCAACAUGUUGGAAGAGUUUUCUUUUCUUUUCUUUUUUUUAUUUGGCCUCUCCUCUGUGUGUCCAUUCAAUAUGUUUUCCUCCACCAGCUCUGAAGUCAGAAAAGUGACUCAAAACUGUAACGAUCUUCGCUGAUUAGAUUUCCAUCUUAGCGCGUCCUCCAGACAGGCUGCCUGACACUUGGUGAAGCAGAAUGUGUACCGAGGGACCAACACAUGUACAGUCAUGUAGUUCGCUCUACCUUCCACUUGCUACUGUGUGAAUAUUUAACAGGAGUUUAUACCAACCGUAAGACGCAUAGCUGUACUCACCACAUGUAAAGACUUCUAAACACGGUGUUUUGUAACGUUACUCUGAAACUAUGUUGUUUGUUUGAAGCUUUGUUUCCUUGUUUAGUCUCAAUCACCGUAUAAUGACUGAUCUCAAACUGUUCUAGUGACUGAGGUUAGACGGAUGUACAGCGUGUGUGAGUGUGUGUGCACAUGUGUGUGUGUGUCAGUGUGUGUGUGUGUGUGUGUGUGUGUGUGUGUGAAACUACCACAAAAUACUUAAUGUGCAUUUCUGAUCUCCUCACUGUGACCUGCUCUGUCUGAUGAGAUGAAUGUUUGUGAGAAAGAGACAAAGUGAUGCAGUGGACCGUAUCCGGCUGAACAGUUCACUUUACAUCCAGCUGUGUGUUUUAAACACACCACUGAUGUGUGUGCUCCUAUAAAACGGCAGCAGACAUAUUACGACGGUGAAAUCACACAAAAAAAAAAGUGGGUAAAACAUUUUUAACAAACCAAGCAGAGAGGUGGACUGACACAUUAAUAGCCGCCUUAUUUUACAUUUUACCCUCCACUACAUCCCUGAAUAGACAGAAUGACUGAGAGUGAAUGGGUGUGUGUGUGUGUGUGUGUGUGUGUGUGUGUGCAUGUGUGCGUGUGUGUGAGUGCAUGUAUGUGCAUGCAUGUGUGUGUCACUGUCCCGUGCCGGCCAGGCGGCCGUGUGUGCCACCAUGCUCUGUGACUGCACAGCCGUAUCAAUAAAUCUGGACUCAAAGGGCUCAGA